AUGGUCAGGUCAAUGCCCUCUACUCCACACCAUGCCAUGCCAUGCCGCCUGUACAGUAGUGCAACGUGUGUUCAUCCACCCCCUCACUCCCGCCAGGAUGGUCGGGUCAACGCCCUCUACUCUACGCCUUCUAUCUAUCUGGACGCCAAGCAGCAAGCUGAGGAGAUCUGGCCUGUCAAGACUGGCGACUUCUUCCCCUAUGCUGAUGCACCGCACGCCUACUGGACCGGCUUCUACUCGUCCCGCCCAGCCUUCAAGCGCUACGUGCGCCACUGCAGCGCGCUGCUGCUGGCAGCAAGCAUUCUAGAAGCAGCAGUGGGGCGGGAAUCCUUACAAGCAUGGGGAGGCGACACUGACGGCAUGAACCUCGUGGGCUCUGGCGCGGGCAGAAUGAUGGUCGCGAGUUUCCAUCCCUCGGAGGUGCCUAGUGUGGCGACUGGAGAGGGUGGUGGUGAGGGUCGGGCAGCAUCGACAGCAUCGUUGGGGGAGGCAGUGGCGGUGGCACAGCACCACGAUGCCAUCACAGGCACGGCCCAGCAGCACGUGAAUGACGACUACACGCUCCGCCUGCACCGCGCAGCACACGAGGCAUCCACUGUUCUCACCAGCGCCCUCGCAUACCUCAUUCUGCAUCCUCCACCUCCUCUCCCUCCCCCCUCGCCUUCCACGAGCGUACCACUUGAAAGCCAGGAGUCAUCUGCAAGCCACGGCUCGUUGCAAGGAGCCCAGGGCGCAGGGCCGCAUAGGGAGGAGCGUGGAGGAGAGCCCUUGCACGAGGGACAGCGCUGGAGAGGCCGUGGCUUGUUUGUUCAGGCUGUGGGGAGUGUAGCGGGCGCAGAGAGGGUGGAAGGAGUGAGAGAGGGGAGUGGUGGGAGGAGGCGGCUGCAGGAGAAGCCGAAGCUGCUGCUCGAGACGUGCCCUCUGCUGAACAUCUCCUUCUGCCCUCCAUCGCAGUCUGGUCUUGAACCCGGCAAGACCCUGGUGGUGGUCGCCUUCAACCCCCUUGCCUGGGCUCGCACCGAAAUCGUCCGCAUUCCAGUCUCUGCUCCCUCAGUCAUUGUCACAGACUCAGCCCACCAGCCCAUCCCAUCACAGCUCAUCCCAGACCUCCUCCCUCGCCCAGUCAUCCGUGCUUUCUACGCAGCAGCACAUGCGGGCGCCACCGUGCCUCCACUGGAGCAGCAGCAGGGGGUGGUGUCAGUGGUGUUCCGCGCUGAGGUGCCCCCGUUGGGAUAUUCCACCUUCUUCCUCGUUGCAGCCCAGCCAGGAGCUGCGGGGGCAGCAGUGAGCAGCAGUGACUGGAUCUUGGGGCCAAAUAAGCAGAGGGGACGGAACACAAGGAGCAAGAAGGGGAGGAAGAAAAAGAAGAAGGCUAAGAAGAAUGACUAUGAGGAGGGAGGGGAAGGAGGGGAAGAAGGGGAGGAAGGGGAGGCAGGGGAGGAAGGGGAGGCAGAAGCUGAAGGGGGGGGAGGAGGGGAGGCGGGGGAUGGGGAGGGGGAGGAGGAGGAGGAGGUGGGCGAUGGUGUGGAUCAGGGGGAUGAGAUAGUUCUAGGGGGGGUGGUGGCUGGUCGUCCGGCAGCACGUGUCUAUUUCUCCAAGGCUGCUCGUGGAAUGACGCGAGCUGAGCUAAUCAAGCCAAAUGGGAAGGCCUUUGCUACGCUAGCAGUAGCCAACCUCAGCAGCGACAUGCUCUACUACUCAUCUGCAGAGUCGGGAGCAUACAUCUUCAAGCCCACAGCAGACGGUGCGCUGCCGUUCCGCAGGAAGCAGAGGGUGCCGAUCCGCGUGCUGCGAGGGCCCAUUGUGGAGGAGUUUCACCGGCAGGUGGCUCGCGACGUGUCUGAGGUGUAUCGAGUUUACCCCGGGGAGAAUUAUGCUGAGCUUGGCUACUCCAUAGGGCCUCUUGUUGAGGACGGGUCUCUGGGGAAAGAGGUCGUUGCCUCCUUCUCCUCUUCCAUUCAGAGCGGGGAAGUUUUUCAUACGGACUCCAACGGCCGCGACUACCUCAAGCGAGUUCGCGACUCUCGCCCAGACUGGACCCUCACAGUCAAAGAGCCCACAGCAGGGAACUUCUACCCUGUGACAGUGGGGGCGUUCAUCGGGGAUGGGGAGUCACAGCUGUCGCUGCUGGUGGACCGAGCAGCCGGUGCUGCCAGCCUCGCAGCCGGACAGCUCGAAGUCAUGCUGCACCGUCGUUUGGACACUGUGGACAACAAGGGAGUCGGAGAGCCGCUAAAUGAGGAUGUUUGUGUGGAGGAUAAGUGCUACCACCUUGUUGUGGUGGGAUUUCUCCGCUUCGCAGUGCUGCCAGACACACACGCACCGCCAGGCACACCCCCACAGCAGGCAUCAGGCGGGGCAGCAGCAGGGGCCUUCUGGCGGAGAGACCACAGCCAGCGGAUGCUCUCUCCGCUCCAGCUCGCCUUUGCUGUCGAGUCUACUGAGGACCUGGCAGCAGCAGAAGCAGAGGCAGCGGAAGCAGCUCAAGCAGCAGCACGAGCAGCAGCUGCUGCUGCCGCCACUCCAGACCCUGCUGGAGCUGACGAGUCUGAGACCUCCACUGAGCCAGCUGCCACCAGCGCAGGACCGACGGGGUUCCUGUGGCGCCACUCCCUCUUCCAGAGCGCUCAGCAGGAGGUGGCAAGGGCAGGGACACGUGAAUACCAGAGGGAGGGCGGCAGCACCAGAGGGAGGGCGGCAGCUCCCCCGAAUAGCUGCCAGCUGCCUCGGAAUGUGGCUAUAACGACAUUGGAGGAGCUAUCACCCGGAGCAAUUCUUCUGCGUCUGGCUCACCUUUAUGAGGCUCAAGAGCAUCCGCUAUUUUCUCAGCUUGCAGGAGUGAAUCUCCGGCAGCUAUUUGCCGGACGAGAGAUUCUGAAGGUGACGGAGCUGAGUCUCAUGGCAAACCAAGAACGCUCUGGCAUGCGAACCCCUCUAACAUGGCAGCUUGAUGAAAGUGAAGGAGAGUUGACACCAUCGGCGGGAAAUGCGGAGGAGAAGGGGAGGAGCUCGUCGUACCCGCGCGGCGAGUCAGAGCCGGGAUCAGACCGAAGGACCCGGCGGAGACCCAGCGGCGGGCUGUCCACGUCAGCGAUCGAGCAGAUGUCGCGCGAGGUGAAGCUGAUGGGGUGGCUGUACAAGCAGUCCAAGUCGCGCCCGUUCGGGCAUCAUUGGGCGCGCCGUUACUUCGUGCUGCGCGCGCAGCGCAUUAGCUACUUCCGCAGCCUGCCCUGGCAGCACGAGAUUCCUGUGAAGGAAUUUGAUCUCACGCCCAAGUGCCGUGUGGAGGACACAGGCCGGAUUUCCACCAACACCAAGGAGCUCUACACCUUCUGUAUACACCCAGAGCUUCCCAAGCCGUGUCUGGUGGGAACCAAGGACCCUGAGCUAGUGGCUGUGUGGAUGCAGGCCAUUCGGGAGACAAUAGAACAUAAUGUGGCGCCUACAAUAAGAAUGCCACUGACCCGACCCACCAGCACCAACAGCCUGUCAGACGAGGAGGAGGGAGAAACACCCCCGCACCCCAACAUGUCCUCCUGCCGCGACUCCAUUGACAGCAGCAGUGAGCAGUUUGACGGGGACGAGAUGGCAGCAGAUGACCUGCCCACACCACAGCGAGUGCUGCUCGACAGACGAGGCUCCAUUGGCUUCGGCCCUCCCAUGGAGCUGGGUGGCAUGCUCGAGGCCAUGGUGGCGAUGCGCAGUGCAUCAACAGCUUCAGGGAUCGCAUCCGACGGCUCCUGGCGCCUCAUCAAGCUAUCCAACGGGCUGCGUUUCUUUGAGGAGUUGAACGAGGAGCGCGGGCAGGCGGGCAUGUGUGGCAGCCUGCCGUGUCUCAGUGCCGUGGGAACGGUGGAUGCUCCUAGUGAUGCUGUCUUUCGUCUCGUACUCGACCUCUCCUCUUCUCGCAACGAGUGGGACGUGGCGUACGGGGGAGCACGCAUGGUAGAGGCCCAAGACGGUCACACAGACUGCAUCCACUACCGCUUCCGACCGCUCCCAGUCGGCUUCGGCCCCUUCACCCUCACAGCGCGAGACGUGUGCCUGCGGCGCUACUGGCAGCGCACAGCCGACGGCUGCUACGUGGUGCUCUACCAGUCAAUGGAGCACCCCCUAUGCCCCCCUGUCAUGGGCUGUGUUCGUGCCAAUCUCACCUACGGCGGGUUUAUCAUUGCCCCAGCGGGCCCGUCGGCGAUCGGACGGUCGGUAGUGAUGCAUGUGUUGCAGAUGGAUGCAAAGGGGUUGCUGCCGAUGUGCAGCGGUGUUGCGACCGAAGUGCAUUUUUACCUGCUGUCGAGAGUGGCGGGCAUUCGGGAGUUUUUCGCGCAGACGAGGGGGGAUUCGCUGGCUGCGCUGCUAGGGUUGAGGGACACGCAGCAGGCUACAGCUGCUGCUACAGCUGCGGCUGUAGCGGCUGCAGAAGGGAGAGAGCUUGGAGGGGGUGGGAGGAAGGGGAGCAGGCGGGAGCGGGAGGACGGGCGGAUCGGGCCGAUACCGGAAGGAGGUGGGGAGGGGUUUGAAGAGGUGGAGAGGGGUGGAAGCGAGAGGAGGAGAGGCAGCAGCGGGGACGUGAUGGGUGGGGAGUUCAGUGGCAGUGAUGCUGGCAGCACUGUUUCAGAGCCCUUACCCGGCACUAGCAGCUUUUUUGGAUCAAGAGGAGCAGCAGCAGGAGCAGGAGCAGGAGCAGCGGCAGGAGACGCAGCAGCAGCUGCCAAGGCCUUGCUGACUGAAACCCUCCCUGUGGCCUCCCCUCGGUUCUGGCAGCUAGGUUCCCGACCCUCUACCGGAUCGAGACUAGGAGGUUCGGCAAGGGCGGCAGGUUCGGUAGACCCUUGGGCGUGGGCAUACAAGACAGGGAACCUGGCCCGGGGGUCGCCGAUGGGGGGAAUUAAUUGCUGGAGUGAGGCAGAGGUUCGGAACUUUACAGUGCGGUCGAAAAGCUAUUUGAGGGAUAAGAUGAAGCAGAAUGCAGGGCAGCCGGGGAUGGCGCUGGUGGCUGUGGAUUGGCUGAAGCGCGUGGAGAGGAUUGACCAUGUGGUUGAACUGAAGAGGACUCCUGUGCAUGGAAUGCGCGAGAUGAUGGCCAGCAGUGAUACCUCGUCGCGGCCGUACUUUUUCAUUGUGAAUAUGCAGGUGCCAGCAGCGCAGCAGUACAGCAUGGUGUUCUACUGGGCCAUGGAGGAGCCACCAACAGACUCGUCCAUGCUGGGGCAGUUCAUCAACGGGGAUGACAUCUUCCGCAACACACGCUUCAAGCUCAUCCCACGCAUCCACCAGGGCGCAUGGGUGGUGAAGAGGAGUGUGGGGACGACGCCGCUCAUCAUCGCUGGUGCUCUCACUGUGCAAUACUUCAAAGGACCCGACUAUUUUGAGGUGGACGUGGAUAUUGGGUCGUCAGCUGUGGCCAAUGGGGUGGUGAGAUUUGUGCUGGGAUAUGUCCGAACACUCAUCAUCGACAUGGCGUUUUUAAUCCAGGGAAACACGGAGGAGGAGCUCCCUGAGAAGCUUCUAGGAACCAUCCGCAUUUCACAUUUAGAGCCAAAUGCAGCGUUAGACAUGGACCUUGACAAUCCAGAGCCACCCCCUCACUCCCCUCAACAAUCAGUCAAUGCAGUCACCGUGUCGGUCAACGCGUUCAACGCGGUCAAUGCGGCGACAGUAGGGCUUGGAAACGUCGCCUCAGGCUCCCACGGGAUGCCUUACGAUCAGUUUCGCGACAUCCAGCGAUUGUGGGAGUCGCAGGGGUCGCAUCGUGCUGUCGCACAGGGGAGCGCUGUCGCACAACAAGGAAGCGCUUUCGCACAAGACAGAUCUUUUGCACAACACGAAACGGGAACAAACAACACCCCCCAAGGCCAAGCUACAGGGUCCUUUGGCGGAAUUAUCUCCGCGGAUGGUCCUAUUUCCCCGUCCGGAAGCAUGGUUGGCGGAAGGAGUGGCGGAAUGGCGAGGGGGAGCAGUUUUGGCGAAGGGAUUGGCGGAAGGCGGGGGGGAUUCGCCGCGCCCGCGCUGCCUGGCGGAGUUAUUGGUCCCCCAGGCCUGGGAGGCGGAAGAAUUACGGGGGUUGCAGCAGCAGGGGGAGGCGGGGCGGUAGGAUAUACCGCGGACAGCGCAACAAUAGGCGCGGGGAUGGGGGGGGAGAGGCUGGAAAGCUUGCUGGCGGAGGCUCUACUCGGGGGAGGUUCUUUCCAGGCUCUACUGGCAGGGGGAGGUGCUUUUCAGAGACCUACAGCUCCCCAGGUCUCACCGGCAGGCAGGGAGGUGGGAACUGGUGCAGGUGGUAACCUGGCGUUACUAGAGCUGAUGAGAAUGUCAGAAUUUGCUGGCAGCCUCCCUCCCAACCGUGCUGCACCGAGCAGCACCGGGAGCGGAUACCACACAGCUACUAACCUACCUAUUAACUCUGACCUGAUUUACGCCGGUGCAAUGAAUCAGCCGCUGCCGUCUUUUUACGGGCAGCCUGUGCAGAUGGCAACGAAUACUGAGCCGGUGAACCAGGAUCGCGGCCAGCGGGCGAUGAGAGCCUGGGAGAGGGCUGGGAGGUCGGGUUUAGAGGGAGUGACGGAGGGUGAGCGGUUGGGGUUAACGGCUGGUGAGGGGUUGGGGGUGCUGGCUGGCUGUCACGAUCUGUCUGCCGUUCUGGCUGCUGCUGCCGCCGCCGCCGCCGCUAGCAGCGCGCAUGGCGGCGCUAGCAGCCCAUAUGGCGGCGCUAGGGGCGCACAUGGCGGCUUCCCCAGGUCUGGCUCUUCCCCUCGUCCCCUUCCCCCACUUCCCUCCCCUCUCCCCCCUCUUCCUCCUCUCCCCCUUAUCCUCCCUUUCCCCUCUUUCCCCCUUGUUCUCCCUCCCCACCAAGAGCAGGAGGAGGAUGAGAUUUUGCGUCGGCUGGUGGAAAGGGGAGGGGCGAGAAGAUGGUCUGCCAUAGCAGCACACCUCAAGGGGCGCGCGGGGAAGCAGUGUCGCGAGCGCUGGCACAACCACCUGAAGCUGGGAAUCAAGAAGGACGCAUGGACGGAAGAGGAGGAGGGGACGCUGAUAGAGGCGCACAAGCGCGUGGGGAACAAGUGGGCGGAGAUUGCGAAGCUGCUGCCUGGGCGGACGGAUAAUAACGUGAAGAAUCACUGGAAUUCUACUGUUAGGCGGAAGGAGGAUGUGGGGAGGACAGGGGGGAAGGACGGGGGUCGGGGGAAGGAGGGGGGAGGGAAGGGGGAAGAGGGAGGGGAGGAGAAGGGUGAAGGGGGAGAGGAAGGGGAGGAGGGUAGGGGGGAUGUGGAAAAGGAAGGAGGGGAAGAGGAUCGAGAUGGGAGAGAGGGAGGAGGAACGGGAGAGGAAAAGGAGGGAGAUAAGGGAGAGAAGGAGAGAGAAAAGGGAGGGGAGGAUGAGCGGGGGAGAGACAAGGGAAUGCAAGAGGUGAGAGAAGGGAGGGAUGGGAGGGCAGAUGGUGAGAAUGGGGAUGGGGAUGGAUGUGGGGAAGAGGGUAGGGAUGGGGAUGGUGUUAGGGAUGCAGGGAAGAGGGAGAAAGAAGAGAAUGGGCCAGUCUUGAGAGGACGGGAAGAUGAUGCUUCGGGGGCUGACCAUUCGGGAUUACGAAGAGAAGUGACGCGGGUAGAUCGAACAGAAACUGUCGCAGCAGCAGCGUCGGCCUUACGCUCGCGUUCCUUCAGCAAUGCACGCCUCUCCUCCUCACAUAACCCUUUCGAGUCGGCUCAAAAAGAAGAGACUGCCACAGCAGCAGCAUCGUCUUUGCGCUCGCAUUCUUUCAGCAAUGCUCGCCUCCCCUCCCAAGUGACUUCUGAGUCGACUCAGAACGCAGAAACUGCCGCAGCUGCGGCUUUACGCUCGCGCUCUUUUGGCAAUGCGCGCCUCUCCUCCUCCCAUGUCCCCAGUUUCGAGACGCCUCAAAACUCCUUACCCUCACGUUCCUUCAGCAAUGUGCACCCCUCCUCCUCCCAUGUCUCUCUCAAAUCCGCUUCUUUCCCCCGCGCUCCCGCGUCCCUCCCGCCCUCCUGGCCCCCCACCCGCUCGCUCCCAAAUGCUCCCGCUGCCAACACCCCUGCUUCCGCUGCUGCUGCCGCCACCACCGCUGCUGCUGCUGCUGCCGCUGCUGCUGCUGUUGCUGCUGAUUCAAGCGAAGCUGCUGCUGGUGGGGCUUUUAGUGUAACAAACAGGGAAACAAACCCACGGCAAGUCCAAGGCCCCAGUGUGGUUGACUCAAGGGGACAGCCCACAGGUGCAGGGGGGGUAGUGAUGAUGGGACAAGGACAUACGGCUCAAGGGCUUGUAGAGCAGACGUGUAUGGGGCAGCCACUGGUGGGACAGCAGGCGGGUGUGGGGCAGUCAGUGGUGGCACAGACGAGUGUGGGCAAUCAGAGGGAUCUAGCGAAGGCUAUGCUUCACCUGGACGCUCUCUCCUCUGCCGGCUUGCUCAUGGGUUACCCUGCUGCUGCCGCUGCUCCCUCCGCUGCUGCUGCUGUUUCUACCUCUGCUGCUGCUCCUUGUUCGUCUGCUCCUUCCCCCUCCACCAUCUCCUCCCCCCGCUCUGCCCCCUCCUCUCGCCCCGCAUUCCCUCCCUCUCCCGCCCCAGCACCGCACUCCACCGAAUUCCCCCGCGCUUUCACCACCCCCCAGGGCCGCAUCCCUUCUUUCUCUCCCUCUCUUUCAUCUCUCACCAAUCCACUCCCGAACCCCUCCCUCCAGCCAACUAGCCCAUUCAUUCACAACCCCUCCCUUCCUCUCCCUGCCUCUGUAUCUAUCUCUGUUCCCUCUACCUCCUCUGCUGCACCCACCAAUCACCCCCUCCCCUGCCUCUCUCGCUUUGCCACAGUGUCAGCUUCCGACCAAUCAGCAGCCGGCGGCCUGACCAGCCGGGCAGCUGAAAUUGCAAGCGUGGUGCAAAAUCUUUUCGAUGCACUCAUGCGCUCAGACAUCCUCCCUGCCCCAUCCGUUCCAUCCCUCGCAUCUCAACCUUCUCGUGCCACAGAAAGAGACAGCUGUGAUACGCUGCCCAAUCCCUCUCAGCUGCCCGGUUUUUCUCAACUGCCCGAUUUCUUUCAACUGCCGAGAUUCCUGACGCAGGAGCAACUGGCACUACUGAAGCAGUGGCUGGAAAGGGGUCAAAUAGGCCAAGGCAUGCAGAGCCAGGUGGGCUUGGAGGCGACUGCUGGUGCGCCUGGUGGCUUGGGGGAAGCGUUUGGAUCGACUCAGCAGUCGUCAACUCAACACCAGGGGCAUACUAUCGUCACUGCAUCCAUGUCCGCUCCUGUGUCUGCUCGUGCGCUCUUGGAGGCGAGUGCUGGUGUGCCUGGUGGCUUGGGGGACGCGUUUGGAUCAACUCAACAGCCAGCCCAGAGCCCUGUAGUCGUCACUGCACCCGUGGCACCUGUGGCGGCACCUGGGGCAGCACCUGUGGCAGCACCUAUGGUAGCAACAACUGAAGAGUCAGGGGACUGUUCGAAGGGCCCUCAAGGUGCAAAGGGCCCUCAAGGUGCCAGAGGGAAGGACGACGAGGGCUUCCGGGUUCCACAAGACCGACCGGCUGUUUCUGGCCGAAAGGCAAGAGCUGAGACACCCACUGACAAAGCCUAUGACGUUCCCUCCACUGACUGGGGAGUGCGGUUUGGUGGAAGGUGUGAGGAAGGAGGGGGGAUGGUUGGUGGGAGGGUGGAGGGCGCGGUUGUGGGAGUCAGAGAGAAUGAGAGGCAGGGGCAGGAGUGUGCCGCUGCUGACGAGGUUCAAAAGGAGAAAGAGGUUCGAAGGAAGGAUGAGGUUCGAAGGGAGAAAGAUGUUCAGAGGGUGGACGAGGGUCAACGGGAGAAAGAGGGUCAACGGGAGAAAGAGGGCGCGCCUAUAGCCGUCAUAGACGGCACCAUCCAACUCGUCGGCGACCUAUCCCUCCUCGGCGGUGGCGGGUCCUUCCCCCCUCCUCCCUCUCCCUCCACCCACUCCUCCCCUCACCCCCUCUCCACGUCCGCUCCCUUCCCCACACGCGGCAGCGCCGCUCCUCUUUCUUCGAAUCCUCUUGUGCUCUCCGUGUCUCCGCACCCCAGCCCGUCUCCUGGAGUGGUGGCGCGGCCUUGGGGGAUGAAGUCACCGCUGCCGGGUGAAUCGCGGAAAACAGAUGUGCCAAAGGAGGAUGCUGGUGCUACGACUUCUGAGUCAACUCCAAAAUCAGGUUGGAGUGUGGAGUUUCGUGGUGCUGCGACUGAUGCUGCCACUGGUGCUGCACACGCUGCAUCCCUGAGGGAGGACGAGCGGAUGGGUGGGCAUGGGCAACAGCAGGAGUACGAGCAGCAUCAUGGGCAUGGGCAGCAGAAAAACGAUUAUCCUCAUCUGCAGCAGCAACAGCAGCAGUUGGGGGAGCAGCAACGGGAAGAUGCAGAGGAUGAAAAUGAGGGAAGGGAGGAACAUGAGGAGGAGGAGGAAGAGGAAUACGAGAAGGAGGGGGAGGAGGGACAUGAGGAGGAGAGGGAGGGGGACGAGUUGCAAGAGCACGAGGAGGUGUAUGAGUACAUGGGAGUGCGCUCAAGUCUCACCAUCACCCGCAGCAGCAGCACCAUUCCCAGCCACCCCUCCUUGCACGUCCACAUCCCCACCCAGCCUCCCUCCACUCUGUCAGAGUGUCCCGACACACAGCUUGGUGAUUCUGCGCCUAGUGCGUCUCAUUAUCAUGAGCCCACCAACGCACCUAUGGAUUCGGGUGAUUAUGACUUGGAUGCUGCGGCUGGUGGCAGAGGCAGCAGUGGUGCUGAUGCAGCAGCUGCCUCCUCGCCCUCGCCAGUUACUCCUGCUGCUGUUGCUGCUGUCACAGUGCCUGCAAGCACGGGUGCGACGCCCAACACCAUCAAUGCAGCCCUCUCCCCUGUGAACCCACCUCUGCUUGCUUCUGCCACAGCUGUUUCUGCCGAGGCUGCUUCUGCCGCAGCUGUUUCUGCCGAGGCUUCUUCCACUCUCCCGGCUUCGGGUUUCGGCCCAAGUCCUUUCAGUCAACUUGCCUCUCAAUGGAUUUUCUCCAACCUACCGCCCCACCCUCUGGCCACCCAGUCAAACCCAACCAUCCCGAACCUUCCAGACGUGCUGCCGAACCUCCCAAACGGCCCACCGAACCUCGCAACCCAGGUGUGA